ACCAGCCUUUCAAGGUCAGUUCAGUCACGUUGCACUCAAACAGAGGGCUACAUUGGUGAGUCAGAUUCUUAAAUUUUAACUGAUUUUUUGAACUUGACUUUAACAGUUUAUUUGAAUCACUUUCAAUUGACAAUGUUACUUUAAAAACGAGGUUUGUAGUGCGGAACCUCCAGGAAGGCAGAUAUAAUCCAACCGCCCUUCAUUUAAACUUAGUUCUCAGUCUGACACCGAGCCAAAAAUUUAUUUUAAUUUGUUUCUGAUAUUUGGAAAACUUAAAAAUCAUUUUUAUCAUUCUUGAACUCUUUUUUUGAAAUAGUUGCUAGAACGAGCCAUUAAAGAUCUUUUAAAACAGGUUUCAAGAAACAUUCUUCAACUAUUAAAAAAACUUCAGAUGGCUGUUUUAACAAAUCCGAAUCACAUGUGUUGAUGAAAAGACAUAAACCCACACAAAGUUAAAUCUUAAAAUAAGCAAUAGUGUUUCAGGGUUGUUACACGCUCAAUUGACGAAUAUUUACUAGUAAAUCUGACUUCAGCUCAACAACGUAAAUAUCAGCCACCCAAUCAAGUACGAAAAAAUUUUAUAAGUGGCUAGGUUUUCUUAGUUAUAACAUACCAGGACGUCACCGUUGUGCAUACCGGAGAAACUCAAUCAUCAAACGUUGUGGCAAGUUUCCAUUCUAUAUCAAUUAUGUCCUAAAGAUGCUAUUUGUUCUUAUAUCAUAUGGAUAUUUCGUAUCGAAUUGCGACUAGAGUCACUAUGGUUUAUUAUUAACGAGUCCUCGGUACGCGCUCGGUACUUUCACUCUAACGUGAUCUUUUUACCGAUGUCACAAAAAUUAUUGCAAUUUUAAUACUUUUUGGCACUGAAACAAAAACACUUCUUCAUAGGUCGAUUUAUCAAACUUCAUUUAGUGAAAUGUCAAGUUUUAUAAAAAUCAGACUGACCCGAAAAUAUUAAACCGCAAAAUGCUUGCUGCCUACCAUCCAGGAUUUCUUUGUUAAAUUAAUUCAGUCCUCAUUUGCUGGGCAUUUUUGAGGCCGAUUUUUGCAUUGAAAUACUUUGGCGGUUAAAUAAUUUCAGCCUGUAUAGAAAGUGUUAUAUAUUACAAUGGAUUAUUACGCUUGCUCAACUUCCGCCUGAACAUGAUGAACUUCAUAUUCAUAUCUAUUUGUCCUUUGUUUGGUUUUGGUUAAACACCAUCGAUCGAAGGUCCUCAGUUUACAGAGUCAGCUACCCCUUGCGGUACUCUUAUGUACUGGAAAAAAAUUCAUUUAUAUGUUGAUAUUUUACAGUUGAAUUCAGCGAUGGAGAACCAUCAAAAAUCCAAGUUAAACAUCAAACAGCGCUUUUCCUAUGGCCUUGGGAACAUUCUCAACGAAAUUCUCCUUUAUAUGUACCUUUCUUUUUCCAUCAUAUUUUUGAUGCAAGUGAUUGGUUUAUCGGCAUCCCAAGCCGGAUUGGCUAUGCUUAUUGGACAAAUAACUGACGCCUUUACCUCUCCAAUAACUGGUUACUUGGGCGACCAUGUGCAAAUUCCAUAUAUUUCCAAAAAGCUGGGUCAAAGGAAGUCGUGGCACUUAGUGGGAACGGUUAUGAUGGCCGGUGGACUUCCUCUUCUGUUCAAUCGGUGUUUGGUAUGCAACGAUUAUCAGGGUGUCAGUUGGUUGCAACCUUUUUACUAUUAUUGCAUCAUGGUUAUUAUCAAUGCGGCAUGCAACAUUCUGGAGAUCAAUCAUCUUUCAAUCACCUUCACUGCAGCUGGGACAGUGCAAGAAGGCGCAGCGUUAACUGCUAUAAGGUUACAGCAAUAACACUAUUUUCUUUUGUUCACAAUUUCUUGAAUCUGAUUUUUUGGAUUCUGUUCUCUGACUGAAUGUCACCUCACCGGUGGUUAUGAGUGUAUAUUGAAAAUCAACGCAGCUAAAACUGAAGGGUGCACAUUUUUGCCGCAGCUUUUUUUAAUUUUUCAAAUCUGUUUUUCUUUUUCGCUUUGAAUCUCAAAUGGCACCUGAUGUGACAGGCUACCAUAACGUCAGUGAAUAAGUUCGGUUCAAGAUAUUUAAUCCCAGACGUGGUACAUAGGAAUAAAGAUACCCGAAUUUAUGCCGCAAGAGUCGACCCCUUUUUUUUUUUUUUUUUUUUUUUUCUGAUAUAGGACAGUGCUUAGUUUCGUUAGUGGAAUAUACGUUUAUGUGGUUGCCUGGGGACUGCUUGGUCAGGAUGGCGGAGACGAUCUGGGGCCGGAAAAUGUAACACAGUUUGCGGUAAGUAUACCUAAAUAAAGUGACAAUAUGGAAACUACAUAAAUGAACAAAGCAAUCUAAUUGAUUGGAUUUAUGAUGAUGAUGAUGAUGAUGAUGAUGAUGAUGAUGAGAUUGAAUUCAUAAUACCAUAUUGCUCCCUCGCCCAACCAAACACACGUUUUUUAUGGCGCCUGCAUGCUUUUUGACAUCUACCUAGUGGAGCAGGUGUAAUUCAUUUUUAAAAAAACCUAAAAACGUUUUCCUAGAGUAUUCUUGGGUAUGUAUCAGCAAUAAAAGUUUAAAUUGAAAUAACACUAUAUUUAAUCGUAUUUAAAUUAUUUUCAAAUGUUUAUAUUUCUUUCCCUUUCGACGCAGCAUCUUGUAUGGAUUGUCACUGGUACAGGAGUAGUCUUUGCAGUCAUUUUUUACAUUGGAACAGAGGAACCAGCCGUACGCCCUCUAAGAAAGAUCAGCACACUCAUGGAUCCAGUGGUAUGAAGCAAUAUAAGAUAUCGAUUGCGCUGUCCCCGACGACUAGCCAUCUUUCUUAGGCCAUGAACGAUUCGCAACCACGAUUUUUAUCCCUAUUGACUUAGAGCCCAUUCGAGCUCCAGGAAUAAUUGUUAAAUACCUAGUGCUGUUGCGGUUUGUAGUAAUCAUCGCACUUUAUAUUACCUGUAACUAAGUCCAAUCACAUGUCACAAUUCGCCACAAAGCCGUCUAGCACUUGGUAAUAAAAAAAUGUCCACUUUGACACCUCUCCCCAGGAUGCCCAUCUCUCUUUGUUAGAAAAUAUCACCGUACCUUAUAGACUUAAAAAUUCUACCAAUUAAUCAAAUACUUACUCUUGCAUGUCGGCAAGUGUAAAUAUCUACGUUUUUGUCACGUCGGCCAUGAAUUGUCUCAAGAAGAGUUUCACAGUGAUGGCAAUUUUGUGACAUGAAUAAAUCGUUUUUAUCUUUGGCUAGAACGGUGAAGGAUUAUUUCAGGCUAGCCAGUCUGUUUAUUCAAUGGUUUUCGAACAAGUUGAUGGUGAGUUGAAUAAAAUGGAUUACUCUACCUUUAGUUCCAAUCUUUCUGCUUUACUUUCACCACGCAGUGUACGUUGAGACAUGAGCAACGUUAAUAUUAGUAUAUUGAGGUCUAAUUUGUCGUUAAAAGGAGACUUUGUCAAUGUAACGAUACCUAAGAUGGAGCUCAAACUCGUACAUCAGCAGGGCCAAUUUGUUAAAACUUUUACAAGGUAUAAUGUAAUUUACAAGUGUUGCUAUUGUUUUCAUACUAUCAAACAAUAGCUACCCUUGUAAAUUACUUUAAUUGCUUACAAUAUGAUCAUUGUUACGCGUCACAAGUAACAACCGAGUAAGGGUCUGGGCUCUUUAGUUUCUUACGUGCAGAUGCUGUGAAAGCGGCGAAAACGCUCUUCCCAUAAACCUGCCUUCUCGAUCAAUUCCUUGCGACAAGAAGUAGACGAUAAAGUCAACCAAGAAAGAAUAGCUCCCAUUAUGGGCUCAUGAUCUGGAGGGAUCCUGAAAAGAAAAAGAUAUCCAAAAAAAUAUUUCUUUAACAUCACGGGCCAACAUCCGGUAAUAUUGGAAGGUAAUAUCAAGGAAAGAGAGGGGAUGUCGUUUUACCUCUUUCAGUUAAAAGGCACUCUGUACUUGAACACGAUCUCUUUGUCGAAAAGCUCAAUAUCAGUAAUAAGACGAAAGUUACUGCAGUUCCUUUUAAUAAGGUAUAGAAAAAAUUGAAUUUUUUAAAAAUAUUUCUUUUAAGAUGCCAAGAGGAAAACUUCGACCAUAGUCCACUCCCUUGUUGACAUUUUUAUGUCUUCGGUGGAAAACACGGAAGUUGUCGAUCAUAAAGCAACAACUGCUACACCAGCGUCUAAAAAGAUAAGUGUGGUACAACGAUUUGUGGAAGCUCUCUUUUCUAACGGCGAUGGAAACAGUCAUGAAGAUUCAGAAGACAAACUUCAAAUUUCUGAAGUCGCAUCAGGGGCGUCAAGUAAUCAAGAAAAACCCGGAAGCGGUAUGUAAAAUGGUAUUUGCGUUACUGUUUUUACAUUAUCUAUGGCGGGGGAUAGUGUUUCUGGCUUUAAAUGUAAAUAUUUAUGAUGUUUGAUGGAUGCAUCAUCAACAUUAGUUGAAUUAACCUUAACAAACGUCAUUUCAAAAGGAAACCCCGGUUUAGUGGUGAUUAAAACCGUGUCAGCGGUCGCACUAUGAUAUUCUAUUUAACUAUCAUAAAGUGCAACUCAAGUAAUCCUAGUGAGAUUUAGAAAACAUUUAGGCAAAAUUUACAAGGGUAAGAAUCCUCAGGCGUUAUGGUAGUUCAAGCGAAAUGACGCUAUUGUACGAAUGUCAUUUCUCCUGUAGAUCUGAUAACCCACGUAGCAAGACUGGACCAGGAUCGCAAAAAGAGUCUCGUCUUUCGCUUAGUAGAUGCGCUUCUUAAUAAAGAGAGUCAAAGACAACCAGAAGCGACUAGCAUUGUGGCCGAAGAAGGGCAAGUGGAUCUUGAAAAGGAAAGUAACAAGCAGAAUACGAACAUUUUUGAAGACGCGACAGAUUGUACUGUAUGGUAAGCGUUAAUUUCUUGAGUUGAACACCCGCUUUUUUCAAGUACCCACGUGACAGUUCCAGAGUACAAAAGCAAGACCCUAUUCUUAGGCUUCAAAGUGGUUACAACGACCUGUCCGCACAAGUUUUCUGUCACUUCCGUGGCAAUCCACUGCUAUGGAUACCCGCAUUUCUCCCGGCUACGCUAACGUUUUAAAAUGACGUCUGACAGGGCAAAUACGCUGAUACCCAGGAACUAGUAUCCAGACACCAAGAGUGAUUACAUAGCAUAAGGUGACGUGCAUAAAGUGGCAGUUGUUAUGAAAGGUUGAGGGCUUUAAAAUCAGUUCCCAUCCACAGCCUCAUCACCGACUGCACCUCUUAGAGUUUUGUAAAUCGCAAUCUUGCACCUGAAAGAGUCUUGUAUCGCGACGUAUUUUAUUUCAUUUUAUUUUUUAGUGUUCCCAGUGAGUUAAUCUUUGCUCAUAUUACUGACAGGAACGGAACGAAAAAUACAGAAAUAAUGGAGGGAAAUGAAGAUCAUAAUAUGAAAACAAGAGAAGAUGAUUUCAAUGGUGCUGACAGAGGAUAUAGCCGGCGUCGGAGAAGAGGCAUGUCUUUGGCUCCAGAGGAAGCCUGCAAGCUUGGAAUACACAACCUUGGUUACCAAAAUGAAACCUGUGGGCUGGAGAUGAGAACAAUAAACGAAGAAGAGGCCAUUGAGCCUGUCGGUGAAUGCGAUGCAAUUAUCCAUGGUUUCGAAAAACAAAUGUCACCUUUUACAGAAACAAAACCGGGUAAAAAAGUGAGUUUCUCUGUUCCAGAAAGGAAUGAAGUCUGUAAUUCAGGAAUUUAUCCUCUUCAGGAUUUAGACAUGACAGAAUUUUCAGACAAAGAGACGCAAAGAAAACUGAGCUUAUCUGAGCUGGAAGAGAACGGAUCUGUGAAAAAAGAGACGGGAGAUGAAUCCGAUGAUAAAUCGUGUAAAUCUGCGAUUACUGGAGGAUCUGAAAAGAGGAAACCAAAGACGACGAGGGAUUGGUUGAAGACUCCUGGUGUUUACAAGGUUGGCAUCUCUUAAUGUGAUCUAUGGCAUUUUUGUUCAUUUUAAUUUCUCUUUAAGUCUUAUCGGUAUAUCCCCUUAUGAAAUGACUUGCCUUUAAAGCAGCUGCAAGAUUGACGUGUGAGAAUCACAUCAUUUGUAAAUUUACCGAGUCAAUUAUAUAUACCGAAAGGCUAACCUUUGCCAACACCUUAAGAUACCUGAAUAGCGUACCGUUUAACAAUAUUGGUUAAGUCUCUUGUCAGUUUAGAACCUUAUGCAGUUCACACAAACAAGUAAACAACAAAUUUCAUUUUUCUGUCAAAAAUGCAAUCACUCAAUACAUUAAUUGGACCCCAAGAAGGCUGUAAGGUAUUAGCCCUGUUUAAAACAAAAUCGUACUAAAAAAUAAAGUCAUUGACAAAUUUAUCUAGUUUAUUUCAUUAAUUAGGUCGCCGUUAUCGUCACGUGUUCUCGCCUUGUGCAGGAUGCGGUUUAUGCAUAUUUGCCGUUGUACUUGACAGAAAGACUGGGCUUUGGGAAGGUAAGACGAAUAAUCUUGCACCCUUUUUGCCAAUGUGUUAAAAAGUAUCUUCCAUCAAUGGCUCUACGAUCAUCACACCGUUCGCUAAUUUAUACACCCCAGCCUUAAAAUCUAAACUAACAUCGACGGAGGACGGCGUUCUCCACCACAAGUUCUGGAAAACCGUCCAAGAAUUGUGUGACAAAAUUGAUGCAGAAAACGUUGCUGCAUUUAAAACAAAACUUAAAACAUUUUAUUUAGCAAAUAUUUUCAUUAGCCUUUAUUCUUAACAUUAUUUUUCGAAGUAUUUUAACUUUGUUAUAUACAAAACUGCCUGUUAUAUCACUGUCGGCUAGGACUAAAGAUCUUUUUAUUUAUUCUAUUUUUAUUCAUGUAAAGCCCAUUGAAGUCAGAAAUGCGCUUAAAGACAACAGUACCUCUGUGAUAGACUGAAUGUUUCAAUGUGAUAGCAUCCACACCGCUUUUACAUAAAGGGGUCAUUAACCCUUAAAUUUGUUCACUGUCAGAGAGCUUGAUGGAGUUUUGUAAGGUGACUCUUACUUUUGAGUCUGUGGACGAAAUCCUGUGAUGUGACCAUUCAAAUGAAAGAUCUCUGCCUGCACUUUCACAUAAGUCUAUUUGUUUGUCAAAAUUUCACAAAAUGAAAUUUGAACAUUUGGUCGAAUUUCCUUUUUUGCUAAAUUUGGCAGUGAAUUAGGGUUAAUUUUCUUCUCAUUUCAUUUUACUUUGAGCUUUUUGUCGAUUCUUUUGCAGCAAUCCAUUGCCUAUUUUCCCAUUGUUCUUCUUGUUAGCGGAGCAAUAGGCAGCACUAUUUCAAAUAAACUUAACUCCAAACUGGGAAACAUGGUAAGCGGCUUUUUCCUCUUUUCAAUUUUUCUAUACAUGUAACAAGUUAAAUAGUUCAACUGAUUUUAAAUUAAAAAUAAGGGAGUAACAAAAUAUUUGCAACUUGCACUGCUAAGCGAGACGAUCUCCUUACCGGCUUUUAUCGGAACUCCCGCUGAGCAAACCCAGCCGCUCGCUCCUGACUUUGAUCUGUAUUUGAUAUCUUUCCUCAGGGAACUUACCUCAUUGGAUCUCUUCUCGUGAUUGGUGCAUCUGUAUACUAUUAUUUCCAAACCACUGACUUAAAACUGUUCACAUAUGCGCCCGUAAUCCUAACAGGCAGCGGCAUGUCCAUCAUGUACGUCAUGGCUCUGACGUUCGCCGCAGAACUCGUCAAAGCAGACAAGGUGCGCCUACGUAAGCAUUGUAUGGAAAUAGAGUAAUGACCGUAAUUUAAGACAAAGCUAUUUGAUUUUACAAAAUUUAACCUAAGUACUUUGGUCAAGAUAAUUGAGUUACCACCCGGCCUCUGACUGUUUAAAAAACUGAGAUACUAAAGAAAUUCUGAUUGGUCAAAAUAACUGGAAAACCAACGCGCGUUCUAAGUGGUCGAAAUAACUGACAGAGAACAAGCGCUCUUAUUGGUCAAAAUAACUUAAAGUCACAUGCCUAUUGACUGGUCAAAAUAACUGAGACGCUACAGGUGUCCCCACCUGGUUAACAAACUGAUGAAAAUACUUAGCUCGUUCUGAUUGGAUUAAAAACAAUUGUAUAAUAUAAGAGCCUUGUAGCCAAAAUCCAACUGUAUAAGUUCUUUUAGCUAUAGUCACUCUCUUAAAAUAAAACGUCAAGACAUAAAGGGAAAAUCUAUGCAGACCCGUUUCCAACUUGCUUUCGUAAAUAGAUUUCCGGUUAACCGGAAUACGCAUGAAAGACCGCGGAAAUGGACUCGUCUCCCUUUAACUUAGACUUUAUAUUAGAGUGCCACAAUUAACUGAUAAAGAGUCCACUAUGAUCGAACUAUCAGAUCAAGAGAUCAGGCGCGGCUAUUUAUAAACACAGCCAUCUCCUAAACUUUCAACAUAUAAAGCUACCAGCAGGUUAAACGUAUAUGCGUUUUUUUUUAAGUAUCUGAAAUAGUUGUGCUGUCUUUUACAGGAAACUAGUGGUUCGGCAUUCGCCAUCAUUAUUUUUCUAGGGAGAAUAUCCAGCGGUGGUUUGCUGAUGGCCAUACAAGAGUUUUAUCCAGAAAACGGGUGAGAUUAUUAGUGGAUCUCCUACCUUAAUUUGAAAAAUCCAUAUUUUUGUGGUCGGGUGAAAAAUUUAAUUUAAUUAAGUGCCGAUUUCUAGGAACGUUUGUUCUCGGCUGGAUCUUUACUGUUUUCUCUGUUUUGAUGCCAGGAAAGGCUGCAGAUUGCCAUGGUUACGGGUGGCUAGAAUAUACAUGAUUUGGGUGAUUAAAAUGUCCCGCUACCUUGAUGCGUCUUUGUCAUUUCUGAGGCAUAUACUAAAAGCUGCCCCUUUUUAUUCCUAGUUCGUCAAGCCAAACGCGCGCAAGAAAAAAUGCCUGGAGGGCGAUUUUUAGUUAUUUAUAAUUAUUUUAUUUUAUUAUAGCUCUACGUCCAAUUUGAGUGAAAGCGACUACGUGCAUCAUGUAUUUUCUGUAGUUCCCGCUCUAUUGGCGCUUGCUGGCUCGCUGAUGGUUUUAUUCUUCCGUCCACCGUCAUGUCGUACAAAAAGAGGUUGGUACGGUUUCAAGCUUUCCAUGCAAUUAUGUCUUAUCACCAGCUAAGUUGGUUAAGAUGUAGCUUCUGUACAAUAAUUUUUAAUAAACACAAUCAAUAUGACAAAAAUCAUCUCUGGACACUGAUUAUGUCAAUGCAGUUUGUAAAUGAAAUUGUGAUCGAAUUUCAUCUCCUUUGCUAGACCACCCUGUAUGGAUUGUUUUACAUCAGCCUUUCGUAAACUAAUGCUGUCGUUUGCUUGUGCUAUAGAUAUAUAAUGUUAAGAGGCCGUUUCUUUCAAUUUAACUAGCCUGCCAAAACAGCCGUUUCACCUCGCUCCACACCACUUGGGACGUUUCGCCAGAAGAGACUCUCCUGGAGAAACGUCCCAAGCGGCGAGGAUUGGCUGUUUUUAAUUGGUAGCCGGGCUAAAAUAAAUUAACAGGCAUCAAUUUCAGUUAGUGUUGCAUUUCUUUUGCCCAAAUAUACAUUAUGGUUGUAUCUAGAGGGGGCCGAAGGGUAGGCACCCCCUUCACUCUUUUUUUCUAAAAUUACUUGUUCUAUAUAAUUUUAAGUUGAACUUUUCUUCAAAAAACUUAAUUUAUCACUAUGCACUCAGACUUUUUUCUAAAUUUUCUGGAUCUUACAUCACUGGCAUUGAUCGUGUACGGAAACGGAACAAGAGGAGCAGUGACCAGUUCGUACGUGGCGUUUAAAUUUCCAUUUAUGUCUCUAUGAAACAACCUCAGUCUUUCAUAUUCUUAGUUAAUCUAUAAUGCCUCCUGGCUAGAUUAGCUUUUUAGCUAUUUUCCAGGUGGCUUGUACCUUACAUAAGUAGUAGUGUCUGUUUUUUGUUUUUUUCGGUGUGUGGUAUAAAUAAAAUUGCUGUCUUGUCUUGUCUAACAAACGCGUUGUUCAUUUUAGGAACAUCAAAUUAUCUAUUCAUUGUAAACGGCACCCUGCUUGUUUUAUUUGCUUGUUUGUUUGUUUGUUUUUCUUGUAGAAUAUUCACUUGAUGAAAACUCUCAAGUUCGUGAUCAAUCAGGAGCGAGUCACGUUCAAUCAUUCAACGUUGUCGUAGAACCUGAGAGAGAUUAGAGGGACGCCGAGUUCCUUUUGGAAUAUCUGGACAAAACUGAAGAGAAUCCUAUCCAGCCAUUCAAUUUUGGCUUCUUCACUGGACGACAAGUUCGUUUUUAUACCUCACCAAGGUUCAGUAGAGGACGCGGCUUACUCGAUCGUCUUGCCAGUUUUUCUUAAAACAAUGAACUGACUCGGAACCAAUUGCAAGGAAGCUUGAUCGAAAAAGGAAAUCGUUAUAUGAUCAUAUUACUGUUUAAUAACGCAGAAAUUAGCGUAGCGUUGUUCAUAAUAGCUUGAAAUUUAAUAAAUUUGUGAAACAACA